AUGGUCCUGCCUUCAGUGCUGCGCAUUCCGCGGUCGGACGAGCCGCAUUCUUUCGUCCUGGUGCAUGUCUCCACGACGGGCCACGGCCAGGCCCCUCUAGAUUUGACACUCGUCGGAACGGAGGGCGAGAAUCCAUACGCAGCAUCAAUUCGCGAAAGUCGGGUACAAGCCCUCCGCAGCAAAACCUUUCAAGGCUCCGAUGAAGAGUGGACCACGAUUGUCGCUCACGUGCUCAAGCAAGAGCUUGACUCUCCCACCAAAGAUACAGCCUGGACGACCGGGAUAGAAGUCUCGGCUAGUCUCUCCGGCGACACUAGAGGUCAAGACCAAGAGAUUGUAAUUACGAUUCGGAGGAGAGUCCAAGAUAUCACUCAAAGACUCGGCUCUAUAGUCCUCAAACAAGACGAUGAGCAAGAAAUCGCUCUCUUCGAAUGGACCGGUCUGGCCGUCGCCAACGCCGACACGCUUCAAUCCGAAGUCACCAGUCUAUCGGAUCGGUUCCGCAGCGCCCAAGACACCAUUGCCCAAUUGACCCAGCAAUUAUCCGAUCUCACGCAAGCCAAAGCUCAGCAUGAAAAUCAACUACUAGCCAACUUUGCCCAGCUUCUGAACGAGAAGAAACUGAAGAUUCGGAACCAGCAGCGACUGCUGGCCUGUGCAACGCCGGAUCCAAAGAGAGUUGCCGAGAUUCAGGCUGCUGCCGUUCACAGUCGAAGCAAUGUAUCUCGCCAGGCGGGCCGGACCUCAAUGAAGAGGCGAGCAGCAGCAGGUGAGAAUGAGGACGACUCGGACUCGGACUCGGAUUCUGCGUUCGAAAAGAUGGAUCUCGAUCCGACACCUACCGCCAAAGACAAGACAGCCACCUUGGACGAUGAAGAAACCGGCGACGAGAACGAACAAGAAGACGAAGAUGACAGAUCCACUCCACAACCUCUAGAAGAGGAAGAGGAAGAGGAAGAGGAAGAAGAAGGAGAGGAGGAGAACAAGGAAGUAGAAAGUGAAGGGCAACUCGCACCAAAAUCACAAACCACCGCAAAACGAUCCAAAGACGAAAAUACAUAUACAGAUGAAGCCACCACCACCGACGACGACAACGAUGAGAACGAGGAUAACAUCAAAAACCGGCGCAACCCCACGACAAAAUCCUCACCGCCAUCCAAACAAACUAACCCGAACCUGAAAGCCCCCUCAAAAGAAGCCACGCCUCCACCUCGUCGUAGCCUACCGUUUCUUCGGCGAGCAGCGGGCGCCACGACCCACGUCCCGACACGAGCACAGGAACAUGCGCAGGCCCAGGCCCAGGCCCAGGCCCAGGCCCAGGAACAAGAACAAGAACAGCCAAGAUCACAAAAAAGCCCGCCAGUGCCAAAGUCGACGGGGACAGCAGACGAGGAGACUGAGGGAGAGACGGAUGAUGAUGAGCUUUGA